AUGCCUAGAGACGAUCUCUCCAUUGAUUUUGUCAAGAGGAUGCCCCAAGCCGAACCUCUGGACCCAGGCUUGAUCCUGGACGACUGGAUCAACCGCGUCCAGAACCUUCCCGAAGAAAUUCGCUUCAUGCAUGAAGAGAUCGCCGACAAAGACCGCCAAUACAACGAAUGCAUCCGUAUGAUAGAAGACCGCGAUGGCAAGAUACAAAAAUGGAUCAAGUCCAACGGCAGCCACGAACCUAAUCCGAAAGAGGAGCUGCUACGUUCCCAGAUUCGUGACAAUUUCGCCAAGGCGGACAGGCUCGCACAGGACAAGAUCGCAUUGACACAGAAGCUUCAGUUGACCAUGGACAAACAUCUACGGAGUAUCGAUAUACAAAUCAAGCUCUUGUACGACCGCGCUGAACCAGGUUUUACGGACCCCGACGAAGUGCCGUCCCUACUACGCGCCAGCGCUGCAAACCAUACUGCGCCGUCGAUCCGAGCCAUCAACCCUUCCGCAAAUAUUACUGCCUCCGGCCCCUCGGCUGCUGCAAUAACUACAACUCACAGCAACCCCGCGACUACCAGACUCCCUGCGCACCCUCACAUUCGACUUGCCCAGCCUCAACCGAAUGGACCGCAACACUCUGCAUCUGCCCCAGCCACGCCAGCAGCCAGUAUCAUCCUAAACAGACAACGCGAAAGCUCGGCAGGCCCGGCGACAAAGCGCGGUCCUCGGGCAAAUACAGGUCCAGGUAACGCUCCUACCACAUCCAGUUGUCUGGCUAGGCAUUCAUCACUUGGUCCCGGGACGCCAAAAAAUGCAUCUGCUUCAGGCGCCGCAGGUGUCUUACGGGCUGGCAGUGCAGGACCUCGAUCUACCUCUGUCAAGGCCGGCUCAAACGCUGGCAGCCGCCGGGGCACGCCGACUGCGGCGUCACGAAAGAAACCACCCAACAAAUCCUCCCUAUCACGUGUGAAAAAAGCUUCGGCGCGAAAUUCGCCAGCUUCCACCGCAGACAGCGAUUUAUCUGAAGCAGAAAGCCUGAGCGGCGAAGAAGAGGAAAUGGUGGAUGGUCGAUCAAGGGGAACGCCCAUGGGCGAUGGCAAGGAUGCCGAUGGGGACGAACCGAUUGGAGAUGCUGACGAUGAUGACGAAGAGGGCGGCGAUGACAAGAAGUAUUGCCUGUGCCAUAAUGUAAGCUAUGGCGAUAUGGUCGCUUGUGACAACGAUAACUGCCCUUAUGAGUGGUUUCAUUGGUCUUGUGUCGGACUGAAAAGCGAACCCAAUGGUACUUGGUACUGUCCGGUUUGUGCCGAAAAAUUUCAGCGCAAAGCAAAAUAA